UCAAUUACAGAGCAACAAGACAACACCACCUCUUUCCUCCACUCCGCCGCUCCUCGCUCAUCAAUGGCUUGAACAUGGAGUCCACUCACCCUCUCCCUCCAAUCUCCCACCUCUCCAUCUCUACCCUCUCCUUCCUCAACCACCUCUUCUGCGCCCGUGACGAGCUCCUCCUGGCGUCCCAGCUCGCUUCGGAAUUGCAGGCGCAAUGUCUCUCUAUGGAUCAAAGUCUCGCAGAUCUGAAUCGCAGGCUCCAAACGAGUCUUGCGGCUUAUGCUUCGUUUUCUGAUAAAAUCGGCGGCCUCUUCGGUGAUCUGUCUGCUAAAUUGAGCGAUCUACGUUCCUCCGCUCGCCACUCUGGUUCCUUGUCAGAAUGUGGAGGUGAAGGAGAGGGACUGGGGCGGGCGGAACAGAUUUUGGGGGAGGAGUUGCCGACUCUGGCAAAGGAGGUGGCAAGGGUGGAGACUGUUCGAAUUUACGCUGAGACGGCAUUAAAGUUGGAUAAUUUGGUUGGUGAGAUUGAAGAUGUUGUAUCUUCUACCAUGAACAGAAAUCUAAGAAAGCAUUCUUCUUCACAGAAUUCAGAAGAAUUGUGUCUAGCUAUCAAAUCACUUAAACUGACAGAAGAUGUUUUAACUUCAGUUGCACAGACACGCCCUCAGUGGGCUCGACUUGUGUCAGCUGUUGAUCAUAGAGUGGAUCGAGCUUUGGCCAUUUUAAGGCCUCAGGCGAUUGCUGAUCAUCGAGCCCUUCUUUCUUCUCUUGGAUGGCCACCACCACUGUUCACUCUGAAUUCCUCAGAUUUAGAUACAAGGAAAUCAUCUGAAGUUUGCAAUCCUCUUUUCACGAUGCAAGGGGAUCUCAAGCACCAUUAUUGUGAAAACUUUCUUGCUUUGUGCAAUUUGCAGGAAUUACAGAGGCAGAGAAAAUCCCGGCAACUGGAGGGGUACAAUCGUGAAGUUGCCCUUCACCAGGCACUUUGGGUGAUUGAGGAACUUGUGAAUCCUAUAUCAAUUGCAUGCCAAUGCCAUUUCUCAAAAUGGGUUGAUAAGCCAGAAUUCAUUUUUGCUCUUAUAUACAAGAUCGCACGGGAUUACGUUGAUUCCAUGGAUGAGUUAUUGCAGCCGCUGGUUGAUGAGGCAAUGCUAGUAGGCUAUAGUUGCAGAGAAGAAUGGAUAUCAGCAAUGGUAACUUCUCUAUCAAUGUACUUGGCAAAAGAGAUAUUCCCUAUAUAUGUUGUUCAUCUACAUGAAAAGAGUGUCACUGGUACUCAAUCGCAAGCUAGAAUAUCAUGGCUCCAUCUUGUUGACCUGAUGAUCUCUUUUGAUAAACGAGUUCAGUCUCUGGUAGCACAUUCUGGAAUCUUGCUUUCGCUACAGGAAGAUGGGAACCUGCAGAAAAUUUCUUCUCUAUCAGUUUUCUGUGAUCGACCUGAUUGGCUUGAUUUGUGGGCAGAGAUAGAGCUUGGUGAUGCACUAAAUAAGAUAAAAGCUGAGAUGGAUGAUGAGAGGAAAUGGACGAUUAAAAUCCAAGGUGGAGUUCUGCUGUCAGGUCCUGAAGAUUACAAAUCUCCUGCAAUUUCUAGUGUUUUUCUUCAGUGUCUAUCAUCCAUUGUUAAUCGUUGCCGACCAUUGCCAAGCAUUUCAUUGAGGUCAAGGUUUGUCAGAUUGGCAGGUGUGCCUAUUAUACAAAAAUUUUGUGAUUGCUUACUUCUCAGGUGCCAAGAAGCGGAAGGGCUGACUGCCCUUGUGGACAAUGAUGCUCUGGUCAAAGUUAGUAAUUCCAUUAAUGCUGCUCACUAUUUUGUGUCUGUUUUAAAGGAAUGGUGCGAUGACGUCUUCUUUCUUGAGAUGGGAUUUGGUCAAAGUGAUCAAUCAGAAAUAUCAUUUAUUGAGAAUAGUUCCAGCAGAGGGUCUGUUGAAAGACACCAGGGUGGCAUUUUGGAUGAGGAAAUUAGAAAGUUGGAGGAGCUCAGAACGGAGUGGGUUGAGAAGCUGUCAGUUGUUGUUUUGAGGGGAUUUGAUGCUCGGUGUCGAGAUUAUAUGAAAAAUAGGAAGCAGUGGCAGGAAAAGGGUGACGUAGGCUGGGGAGUGUCAAAAUCUUUUGUUGGGGCGUUGGAUUAUUUACAAGGAAAAUGUUCUAUAUUGGAAGAGGGGUUGAAUGAGAUGGACUUUGUUAGAGUAUGGAGAACUUUGGCAGCUGGAGCAGAUCGAUUGGUGUUUAGUGGUAUUCUUAUGAAUAAUGUGAAAUUUUAUUAUGGGGGUGUUGGGAGAAUUAGUAAUGAUUUGGAAGUUUUAUUUGGGGUAUUUCAGGCAUGGUGUUUGAGACCUGAAGGCUUUUUCCCAAAGGCAAGUGAGGGCUUGAAGUUACUGAGGAUGGAGGAGAAGCAACUGGAAGAUUGUUUGUUGGGAGGGGAGAAGUGGAUGAAGGAUUAUCGGAUUGUGCAUUUAAGUGUGGCUGAGGUAGAAAAGAUUGCUAGAAGUAGGGUAUUCUUGAGUCACCUGUCUUGAUCAUUAACUUGUGGCUUUUCCUGCUGUUACCCAGAGGUAUAGCACUUCUCAAGUCAAUAGGGUGGUCAGGACAAAGUAUCUUGAAGUUGUCGGAGGUUUUUUGUAUUGUACAUGGCUCUCGACCUCCUCAAUCAACCUGACUUGAUUGUUUUUGCAAAUAAUACUUUUCCCUUCAAGCCAUUCUCUUGACAAAUGCCGGAAGCAUAUUUUGUUUUUGAAUUUUGGCCAUAUAAUUUACAUGUAUCACCACUAUACUCGUCGAGUACCUGCAUAUCAGGACGUAUAUGUACUGAGGAUUGACUGAAAUUUACCGUGCUUUCGGAGAUCGAAGAGUUGAUGAACUAAUCACAAUGGUCUCCUUUUGUUGAAUGAAUUGGAAGCUAAAAAGGGUAGGACAAAUCUUGGAUUCUGUAUAUAUACACAUCCUGAAUAAUUAGUUUAUAUACUUUUUUUUUUUUUUUCAUUCCCCUUUUUAUGUUUAAAUAGAUAAUAUUAUCAUUGUAAUUUUUAUAAUCAUAUUGUUGUUGGUUUCUGGUGAUAAA